AUGGCUAGAAACAAGGCCAAAUUUGAGGAACGCCUACCCCAUCCCUCAAAGGUGGCUGCUAACUAUUUAGCCUUUCUGAAAAAAAUUACUCAUUGGAAGACUUUUCUUGAUCUUUUUAUGACCAACUCUUUGGCUAGUAAACCUAUUUUAGAGCACCCCCUAGUGUAUUGGCUCAAACCUCCUGCUGGUUGGCUGAAAGCUAACAGAGAAGGCAGUUUUUAUAGGUCCACUGCUGGCAUUGGUGGUGUGUUCAGGAAUUUGAAUGGUGCUUGUCUCCUUCAUUUCCUGUCUCCUGUUGUUACUGCUGAUGCUCUGGAAGCUAAGGCUUUAACCAUCUUUUGGGCCAUCUAUAUUGCAACCAAAGCCAAAUUUCAUAAUCUUAUUAUGAAGACUGAUUCCAAG